UCUUCCUCCCCCUAUCUUUGUCUACCAUGAUUACGUUUGUUUCUUUGUUUACACGCACACUCAGUCAAAUGAUUAGAUAGACUUUUUCAUCUCAUCUCUUCUUCUUCUUCUUCUUCUUUUAGGGUUUCAUUUCCAAAAAUCCUGUUAUUCUUUUCAUUUCUAUUUUAUAUCUACCAACUUUAACCAUAAUGCUUCUUUUAUUUUUAUGAUUUUAAUCAAUUUCCAUUUCUAGGAAGUGCAUGGUGCCAAAUUUUAUUUGAACUGAAUUGAAUUUGUUUGUAAGAAAUGGACAACGGCCACGGUGGGAAUUUAGUUGAUAAGUUGUCGGGAUUAACACUCAAUGACCCUAAUAACACUAACAAUAACAACACCAACAACGACAGUUUGUUUCAGGUUAUGAAAGCCGUGGAAGCUGCCGAGGCCACCAUCAAACAGCAGAUAGAAGAGAACACCCAGUUGAGGACUGAACUUCACAGGAAAAUUCAGGAACUUGAAAAAUAUAAAUUAGAGGAAACAGUGGCUCAAAGAUCUCAUGGUGAUGCGUGGAAGGAGAAUCUUCAUGGGCCUUAUGAAUUUCACCAAUCAGUUCCCUCUGGAAGUAGCCAAGUAGAUAGAAUCAAAAUCAUUUCCAACACUUCUGCAGUUGAUCCAUUGGGUCUGAUGGUUCUUCACCACGAUCUGAAACCUAAUGUUGAUGGUGCUGCAUUGCAAAGCCAUUUGGAAAGCAACUCUAUUAGCCACAAGAACAAUGGAAUGCUAAAAGUUCAUUCUAGUAGACAAGUGCAUUCAGAUAUUGUGGGUUUCUCUCAGUUAUCUUCACCUUCUACAGCAUCCUUUUCUCCCACCAGGCACCAAAUAGACGGAGAAUUCGAUCAACGAUUUAAUUUGUCUGGACAGGGCCUGAUGCCAACGGCUGAAAUAAAUAAUCCUAGCAGUCUUUGGAAGCAGGAACUUGUUCACAAAAUUCGGGAACAAGAAGAAGAGAUUUUGCAGUUGCGGAGACAUCUUACUGAAUAUUCUAUCAAGGGAACACAAAUACGCAAUGAAAAAUUUGUUUUGGAGAAGCGCAUUGCUUGUCUGCGUCUGGCCUUUGAUCAGCAGCAGCAAGACCUUGUUGAUGCUGCAUCAAAAGCUCUUUCAUAUAGGCAAGACAUUAUUGAGGAAAAUAUACAUCUCACAUAUCAACUACAGGCUGCACAACAAGAAAGAUCAACUUUUGUCCAGUCUUUGGUGCCUCUCCUUGCAGAGUAUUCUCUGCAGCCGCCUGCUCUUGAUGCCCAAUCCAUUGUUAGCAAUGUCAAGGUUCUGUUUAAACAUCUACAGGAAAAGCUCCUUCUAACUGAGUCAAAGCUUAAGGAGUCACAGUAUCAAUUAGCGCCUUGGCGUACAGAUUUGAAUCAGUCCAAUAUUGUUUCACAGUCUCCAUCUCAUUCCACUGGUGCAGCAUUGGUUACUGCAAACAAAAAUGGACUUGAAUUGGUUCCACAGCCACCAUAUUCCCAGGGAAUGUUACCAACUACUGCUGAUGCUCCAGCAGCUACAGAUUGGGAUUUGAUGGGUCAGAAUCAGGGUGAUUUGGGUGGUAUUGUUGGAAAACCUCUGGAUGAUGAGAGGUAUUCACCUCUUGCAAGCAGGACCUCUGCUUCCCAAGAUACACCUAUGACGUUUGCCAGCAAUCGUGUUGAUGCACUUGUUUCUCAUGUUGCACCUAUGUCACGUGUUGCACAAUACGGUGAAGAAACUGCCAAUAAACAAGUCAAAUUUCAGGACCCUAUCAGCAAUAAUGAGUUGGAUGAUCAGGAUGCUGAGGAAAACCAGAAUGAGAGAGAUCAACAAUCCAAUUGGACUACAGUUAACUCUCCUUACCCUACAACUGUUGAUGAUCCUAGUUCCACUUAUCAUUACCUACCACCUGUUCUUGAAGAACCUUCUUCAUCUUUUUCUGAGGCAGCAGAUGAUGAUCCAUGGCCAGCUAUAGAGGCCCUCCAAAUUUCAGGUGAAGCUUUUCCUGGACAACAGCUCCAGGCCUGUGGAUACUCUAUUAAUGGAACAACCAGUUGUAAUUUUGAGUGGGUGCGCCAUUUGGAAGAUGGAUCUGUUAAUUACAUCGAGGGGGCAAAGCAGCCAAACUAUCUUGUUACUGCUGAUGAUGUUGAUACAUAUCUUGCUAUUGAAGUGCAACCUCUUGAUGAGAGGAAGCGCAAGGGAGAGCUUGUAAAGGUCUUUGCUAACGAGCACAGAAAAAUCACAUGUGAUCCUGAGAUGCAGAACCACAUAGAGAAGAAUCUUUAUAGUGCUCAUGUGUCAUAUAAAGUUUCCUUGUCGACUGGAUAUCUUGAUAUAUGGGAACCGGCUACUUUGACCAUUAAGAGGGAUGGUUACAGUAUCAAAUGUACUGGACCCAGUGGUAUUGUAAUCACUGAAAAGUUCUCACCAACCACAACUGUGCAAAUUUCUAUGCAAAGUGCUGUAGAAUUUGUGAUAACUAGUUCUGGCAAUGAUGGGCAAUUCUUACGAGCAGGUAGCAGCACAACAGAUGUUAGCUGUUCAAGGGAUACAAUUGUGCUUACCUUGAGAUUGUUUAUCAGAACGGCUGUUGAAAGGAGGAAAGGAAAGAAAAGAGGAUUGUUCUUUUACAAGUGAAGCACAUUUUUGUUGAGCUGCCCAAGCUAGGUAGGAAGAAGUUGUUGGAUUGAGGAUGUGUUAUUAAAUAGCUGGGGGGAUUCAUCAUGCUUCAGAAAUUUGCUGAGUAGCUUCUGUACCAUAAUUAACAUUCAUUAUUGGCAGGAAUGAGCUUGAGUUAUAAUUAUUAUGCAAAUGUUACAGCUAACUUUAUAAUUCAAUCCACCUAUUUUUGUAGUCA